UCUGAGUCCCCUCCAUUCUGUGUUACACUCUUUGUGUGUCACCCAAACCGGGAAUUGUCUGUGCUUCUGGGACAAAGUAGUUUAACUACCAGUUGAAAUGGCACCAAAGAAGGACCCCAAAGCUCCCGCCAAGAAGGCUGAACCGGCACCAGCACCGGCACCYGCACCGGCACCAGAACCUGCAGCAGCUCCUAAAGCCCCAGCUGUCGACCUGUCCUCCGUCAAGAUAGAAUUCAGCGCAGACCAGGUUGAAGACUACAGAGAGGCCUUUGGCCUGUUCGACAGGGUGGGUGACAACAAGGUGGCUUACAACCAAAUCGCUGACAUUAUGCGUGCAUUGGGACAGAACCCCACCAACAAGGAGGUGAACAAACUGCUUGGGAACCCCUCAGCUGACGACAUGGUACACAAGAGAGUAGAGUUUGAGGCCUUCCUUCCCAUGCUCCAGACCAUCAUCAACAGUCCCAACAAGGCAGGGUUCGAGGACUAUGUUGAGGGUCUGCGUGUCUUUGACAAGGAGGGCAACGGCACYGUGAUGGGUGCUGAGCUGCGUAUCGUGCUGUCAACACUGGGUGAGAAAAUGAACGAGGCUGAGAUUGACGCUCUCAUGGCCGGACAGGAGGAUGAGAACGGCUGUGUCAACUAUGAGG